AUGAACAGUACAAUUAUAUCAACGAAUACAUCAGAUUUUAUGUUUAAUAAUCGUUUUGUUCAAAUAGCUUCACGUAGUGAAGAAUUUAUUUUACCAUGUUUAUUAUUAAUUGGUACAACUUGUAAUACGCUAACAUUUGUUGUUAUGAGACGUGGUCGUAUGCGACAUUCAUCAUCAUGUUUCUAUAUGGCUGCAUUGGCUAUUGCUGAUACAUUUGUUCUUUGGAUUGGUUGUCUUAAUCGAUGGUUAGAAUUAUUAGACAAACAAAGACCAAUUUUAGCAUGUAAUAUGUGUUGUAAAUUAGGCACAUUUGCAUUUUUCUUUUUUGCUGAUUGUAGUGUCUGGAUAACAGUUGCAAUGACAUUCGAACGAUAUAUAGCUGUUUCUCAACCUUUACGUGCUAGUCAAAUUUGUACAGUUAAACGUGCACGUUAUAUAUUAUUAAUUGUAUUUACAAUAUUUUUCUUAAUAAAUGCACAUUUUUUAUGGACAUUUCAUUUAUCUUCAACUGUAUUACAUUGUAUACCAUUAAAUGAUCAAUCAUUAUUUAUAAGAUAUUUUACUUGGAUUGAUUCAUUUAAAUAUUCAUUUUGUCCAUUUACACUUUUAAUAACACUUAAUAUAUUAAUUAUUAAAAGUUUAUUAAAUGCACGUAGUACAAAUAAAUAUUUACAACAACAAACAACAAAUGAUAAUAAUAUUAAUCAUCAUAAAAAUUCUUAUUCAACAUCAUUUUCAUCAACAUCAACAACAAAUAAUAGUAUAAAUAAAUUCAUUAAAAAAUCUAAACAUAAUAUUUUACAUUCAUCUCAUCUCUAUCAAGAAGAAAAACAUACAUCAACAAAAGCUUUAGCAUAUCGACGAGUUAAUCGUCGUUUAACAACAAUGUUAUUAGCUGUAUCAUUUGCAUUUUGUAUUUGUUCAAUGCCAAUAUCAAUAAUGCAAUUAAUUGAUGCUAUUUAUAGUGAUAUUGAACAACGUUCAUCAACAUUAACUGCUGGUAUUGCAAUAGGAAAAAUUAUAGCUGAAAUAUCUCAAUAUAUAAAUCAUUCUUCAAAUUUUUUCUUAUAUGCAUUUACUGGUCGAGUUUUUCGUCAUGAACUUCGUCGUUUAUUUACUUGUCAUAAGUUCUUUUUAUUUUCUUCUUCAUCAGAACGUUUAACAAAACGUGCUAAAAGAUUAAUGUUAAUUCAUAAUCCAUCACAAGGUAUACAUGAACAUUUUUAUUCAAAUGGAAAACGUUAUACAAGAGUAUUAGUUGCACCAAAACCAACACAAAAUUCUAGUUAUCGUCCAAGUAUUUGUAGUGCUUAUUCAUUAUCAGAAAUUCCAUUAACAAAUAAAAAUCAACGUAUACGUCAAAAUUCAAUAAUGACUAAUGAUGAACAAGAUGAACAUUUUUUAACUUGUUAUCAUCAUCAACCUAUUGGACCACGUAUUAGUUCAAUAACACAAGCAACAUCAAUUAUGUUACUUGAUUCACCAUCAACAAGUAUAAAACAUAAUUCAACAUUUGUUUCAUUUGUUGAAAAUGUUAAAAAUCAACAAUAUGAACAAACAACACCAUUACUUAAUGCAACUAUUGAAAAAACAACUUUAGGAAAAACAACCACACCUUAUGGUUUAACUGAUGUAAUAACAUCUGAUUCAUAA